AUGCUCCGAAUCGCUGUGAUUGGUGCGACUGGCCAACAAGGCUCAGGCGUCGUUUCUGCUCUGCUCAAGACGGCCGACUACGCUGUCCGCGCCAUCUCGUCGAACCCAGCGUCGGCGAAGGCGCAGGCGCUUCUUGACACGCACAAACAGGCUGCUCAAGCCGGCCGCUUUGCCCUUGUCCACGGUGACCUCACCAAGCCAGACACUCUGCGCGACGCCCUGCAGGGAACGUACGGCGUCUUCUUCGCCUCGCCGUCGAUCCCGGCAGGACAGGAAGAUGCGCAGAAUUCGGAGGAGGCGAAGCAGGGCAGAGGCGUCGUCGAUGCGGCGAAGGCUGCAGGCUGCCAGCAUUUCGUCUACUCCGGCCUCAACAGUAUGAAGGAGCUCCAGGCUGUCACGAUCCUCAUACCAGGCGGAUUCUACACGAACCUCGACUUGCCUUUGUGGACUCGCCGCGACCCUGACGGAACUGCCGUGUUCUGCCUUCCCGUCAAGCCUGACGCCCAGAUGCAGUGGGUCGACGAGCGCUUCGAUAUGGGCAACUUCGUCACUGCUGUCUUCAAGCGCGGGCCGCGCAUCACCGGCGGCAAGACAUACCCGGUUAUGGACGACGUCCUCACUCCGGUCGACAUGGCCAAGCAGUACCAGACCGUCACCGGCGAGCCCGCCAAGUUCGAGCCGCUCGCGGUCGAGGAGUAUUUGGAUUCGGUCAGGACUGAUCCCGAGAUGGGUGGGCCGGAGUUUGCGAAAGAAGUGGAGGAUUGGGUUCACCACAUCAACGCAAUCAAGCCUGGCACGACGUGUACCGGCGCAACCUUCCAGGAUCUUGGCGUCAAGGCGACGACUUUCGACAAUUGGCUCGAGAGGACUGGCUGGAGGGUUGGCGGGACGGAGGACAAGUGA